GCUCAACUUCAUAACAUACAAUAUCUACCGUCUACAUAAUUUUCAGAAGUCGCAAUCUUCACAUCCUGAAACCAGCCCCUCGAGAGUCUAAUGGCGCGGUGGUAGAAACUACUGCCUUAGUUUGCCCCUAAGUCCCUAAAUUGAAAAAUCGUGACGCCGGAUCGAAGCCCAAUCAUGAAAAAAAGCUAUUCAAUUAGGUUCUUUGAACCGGGAUUCCUACGGGGUGAUGGCCUUAGUUUUGCUGACUUUUGGCAGACAGUAAUUGAACCUUUUGUUCCUCUAGCAAUUUGACCAGACCUGCCUACAGGCGACAUUCGCGUGUAAGCUCUAUCUCACUUCAAGUGUUUCUACUCGUUCUCUACUGACCUUUAGGUCUUGCAGUGCUUCUUUAGUACAUACUCGCUUAAUGCGCUGCGACCACUCUCUGAAUAUUGGAACCGCUCCGCUCUCGCUGUCAAUUAGACAACCUGUUGGUAUUCGCGUUAAUGAUCUGGAUGGGUUGGAGCUUGUCUUCGCCAACGACAAAGAUGUCGAUCACACAAUAUUUGGCAAAGUAGAACCAAGCAAAGCCUAGGUUGUGUUACAACUCCUGCACGGUCAAAUGAUUGCGAAUGAUGUACUCAAGUACGAUUGUCUAAUUGGCCAAUAUGGUUGCGUUUAGU